AUGGCACCUCUACAACGUGAACUUGGCAAAGGAUCCGGAGCUUUUAUUAACCCGCUUGGUCUUGGAUGCAUGGGAAUGACCGAAUUUUACGGCGACACGUUUGAUGAGGAAACAAACAUGGCCGUUCUGGAUCGUGCGUUGGAACUUGGAUGUACCUUUUGGGACACGGCCGACAUGUAUGCGGCUGGAAAAUACUUUGCCGAGAGAGGAAAUCGCGUAAAAGUGUUCCUGGGGACAAAAUUUGGUGUCAUCCGUGAUGAAAAGACCAAGCAGUUCUUGGGAUUAUCGGGAAAACCAGAGUAUGUUCACCAAGCAUGUAAUGCCAGUCUCAAACGUCUUGGUGUAGACACUAUCGAUUUGUUCUACAUGCACCGCCGUGAUCCUACAACUCCUAUCGAAGAGACUGUCAAGGCCAUGGCAGAGUUGGUGAAGGAAGGCAAGGUGCGGUAUUUGGGACUGUCGGGUGUUGAUGCGGAUCUCCUUCGACGUGCACACAAAGUGCAUCCAAUCGCCGUCAUUCAGGAAGAAUAUUCUCCUUGGAUCCUGGAUAUUGAAAAGAAUGGCCUGCUUGAUGCUGCUAGAGACCUUGGGGUGUCUGUUGUAGCUUAUUCUCCCCUUGGAUUGGGCUUCUUGACUGAAGCGAUCAAGUCUCCCGACGAGCUCGUGAAUACGGAUUUCCGAAAGACAAACUCUCGCUUUUCCCCCGAGAACUUUGCAAAGAAUUUGGAACUUGUAAACAAGAUCAAGAGCCUUGCAGAUAAGAAGGGCGUGCUUCCAUCAGAAUUUGUUUUGCCUUGGAUGCUUGCUCAAGAAAAUGAAAUCAUCGUUAUCCCCGGUACCAAGAAAAUCAACUGCUUGGAGCAAAAUGUCAACGCUGGUCAGGUUAAGCUCUCAGCCCAGGAGGUUACAGAACUACGCAUAAUUGUGGACGCUACAACACCUGCAAAAUGA